UACAAGUUCUGUUCCCUCUUGCCGUAUUUCAUUUCCUCUCCAUUUUGUUUGUUUUUUGAAAAGAAAUGCCUUGAAACGUUACAAUUGAGCUCAGCUAAAUCAAUAAAAUGAAAAAUAUGCCAUCCAGAAGAUGCGGAUUGAGUCAACAGCAGCAAAAACCUGAAGCGGAACUAAACGUUUCUAAGUUCCAAGUAAGCGGUCAGCUCUAAAGUGAAUGACAAAUUCCUCUACUCUUUUGUUGCAACGAUGGGCUCGGGCGAUGAGCUUCAUUUCUCGCUGCUUGAUCUGGUCUUCAUCUGUCUUGGGCUGGCCACUUUUCUCUUCGAUCUGGGGACUGAUGCCUGGGUGGUGGCCUCUUUCUUCCAGGCAGGAGAUUAUUUCUGGGGUGCUGCCGUGUUAUCUCUGGUGCUGUUUUGUUCAGUGGUCGUUCAGCUGUUCAGCUGGUGCUGGUUUGCCGGGGAUCGAGAGCAAUUGAAGAGUCUUUCCGAUUCCGGACUUCUUCCGUCCUUCAAGACCACGGUAGGAGAUGGUGCCCUGCGGCUGUUACACGGACUGCAACUGGGAUUUCUGGUCAGGUAUAUAACCGCACUGGAGGUGGGGAUCAGAAUGCACAAAGAGAGGGACACUGUUGGCCUGCAAUAUAUUAUUUACCUGAUCAGUGAUAUCAGCAUGCUACGACUGUUUGAGAGUAUUUUUGAAAGUGCUCCUCAACUCUCACUGAUGCUGUACAUCAUGAUGUUGAAGAACCAGAUGAAGCUUCACCAGUGUUUCUCCAUUGUGGCGUCUUUCCUCUCCAUUGCGUGGGCCGUCCUGGACUUUCACAAAUCCCUGCGCAGCUCUCUCUCUGACAAAGUGAAUCUUAGAUUCAAGUCUGCGGUGACUUAUUUUAUCUUUAACCUGCUACUCAUCUGUCCUAGGAUUUGUAGCAUUGCCCUAUUUGCAAUCAUAUUCAAACACUAUGUCCUCUUACACUUUGCUCUUAUAUGCCUGCCCAUGUUUAUUUGGACUUGCCAACAAGGCACAGACUUUAUGAACAACCUGCCUGAAGAGGUAUUCUACAGGGGUGCAGUAGCAGUGAUCUUGUAUUUCACCUGGCUUAAUGUUGCUGAGGGAAAAACAUUCAUCAGACAAGUUAUUUAUCACUCAUUCUUGGCUGUGGAUUGUGGGAUUUUAGUUGGAUUUUGGUGGAUUUAUAGAGAUCCAGUUUUAACCGCUUCGUAUGCUCUCCCACUCCUUUUUGCAAUAUCAUCAUCAUAUUUUCUUGGGGCGAUUGUAAAGUGCACUUAUUACAAGUAUCUUCAUCCCAGGGUCACGGCAGACUUGCUAUCAACUGAUGAAAUAGACAUUCUACAAGAUGUUGGAUUUCGAUUGAUUUGUGAGAGCAGACCUUUGAUAAACAAGAGAAUGCAAAUCCUAUCCAAUUGUUUUUACUCUUCUAAACCUGGGGGAAACAAACGCCACUCAAAUAUGGAGGAAACUAAAAUCUAAAGGUCCAGUAUUCCGUUGAAUAUCAGUUUAUGUAAAGGUUUGUUUCACUGCUAUUAAACUUCAUGGCACGUGUAUUUCACGUCAAAAUGCACAAAGGAGAAUGUAUACAAUAGGAGCAGAUGGUUCUUCAGUUAAUUUUUGUUCCGAUGUUCUCCACUCCUGCCAAUCUCAGUUUACAUAAUGGGUGUUCAACAAAUUAAUAUGCUUAAAAUCAGCAUCAAGGAAUGGAGAUGCCAUCCCUGAGUCAGUGAAGAGGAGUUUCUCCAUCAAUGUGGUGUGUUAAUUUUUCCUGAUCUAUUGAGUUAUGUAGAAAUUAUACAGGCCAAACUGCAUGACCAAUAAGUCAAAACCUAUGUUUUUGUCCCGUUCCCAUAUCUCUUUCCUUUCGUUCAACCAAAAGUUGCUUUAAGUGUUGAUGUUAUCUGCUUCAAUCACGAACUCUGUUGAUACAUUUCUUUUUAAAAGACAUUUGUGAAUCUUUGGGGUUUUUUUUCUGCUCCCUAUUCUUAGUUUUAUAUAUUUAAUCCACAUCUGUGUCCCUGCAUUCACACACAACAGCUUCUCAAAAUCAAAGUGUAACUGCUGCUUUUUAAAUCUCCUUCACCUACUGACUGAAUUACCAAUCACAACAGCUUAUCAAUAACAUUGGGCAGAUUCCUUUUGUACUCAAAAUUAUUCAUUAUACCUAUUUUAAUACCAGUGACAAAUUUGGACACUACUUGCUCUAGCGUUAUAUUUAUAAUAUUGAUAUAGAAACUAACAGAAGCAACUCUGGAACAGAAUCUUAUGGGGUACUGUUAUCUACUGUCACCCCUCAGAGAAAUAAAGCUGCCUUGAACUUCUAAUUUAUUUUCCACUUCUAACUAUUUUAUAACCCAAGAAGCCAUAGUUCCCAAAUUCUAUGCCCCUUAUUCAUGUCCAAUAUUUUUCAGUUUGUUAAAUUUUCAAAGACUUUUUGGAUGUCUUUAAUUCACGUUUAUCUUGCAAUCCUGUUUAGUUGCUUCUUCGUUGUUUCCAGGUUAGAUUUUUGGCUUAGCUGAGCUCAGCUGGAGCCGUAAUGAGAACAUCCAAAUUAGCCUUAGUACUUCUGGCUGAAUUUUCCUAUUAUAGAUGUCGAUUUGUCUAUGGUAUAUUUCUCAAUUUUUAUUAUAAACUUGUACAACAGAAAGAAAAUUAGAUUCAAUUCUACUGCCUUAACCAACUCAAAAUUAACAAAAUAUAGUUCAGUUAGCUGAGUUCAGCAAAAACAAAAAGUUUCAAAACUUCUUUAAGUAUAUCAUGAUGCAUCAGAGAAAUUUACAUCAUUUAUCAUUACAAAUUCAGAAAUUGGGCUGUAUAAUCAGUUACAAACUAGGCAACUAAAAUGGAAGAUAUUAUUAAGUAAGGCUUCGGGAGUUGGAUCAGAAUGAAAGCCAUGAUGGUGAGAAAGUUCAAGGCUCAAUGCCCUAUUUAUGUCAACUCAGUUGAUUGUUGCCAGGACCUCAUGAGCAGCAUAGUAACUAACUGUGACAUUUUAGUCUUGGAGAUGGAAAAUUGAUUGUGGAGAGGGAGUUCUUUUCACUGAUUGCUACAGUUCCCUGCCAGUUGACAUUGGAGGAGUCAAUCUAUGCUAUGAUGUUGCUAAUAGUCAUGAUCAAGACUCACGUAAGAAAUAGUAGCAACGUGAAUGAGGUACAGGGCAAUGCUUGAAGCAGAAUACUGCAGUUAAUGAAUGCUGAACAGAGGAGAUCGAAAAGGAAAAGAUUAUGAGCUCUUUGUGCAAGUUGUUGUUAUUGAAUCUAUCUAAUCUGGAGAACGCAGCAAAUGUUUGGUAUGACUGAAAAAGUUGUCAACUAGUUUACAUUUAACAAGUGUUAACAUGACAGAAAUAUAACCAAAUAUGUGCAAAUAGACAUAAAAUGUAAGAAUGGGAAUAUUUCCUUUGGUGCAUGAUAUGGCAAAUAAGACAUUUCUAAAGAAUGCAUUUAUGACUUUGCUAUCUAUCACAAUGCAGAGGAAGUCCCCAUUGUCCCAAAAAAGCCACCACAUCUGCUUAUGGUGGUCAUAUGCAACCAUACAUUUGACAACCAGUGUAUGUGCCAUUAGAAGGUCAAACACGGAGAUUGAAAUUAGUUUAAGUUAAAACUUUGUCACUUUCUCCGAGGAAAUGUAAGUAUUAAAAUUAACCGGGCUGCAGAAAGGUGAUUCUGAUUUAGUUAGUUUGAACUACUUAUAGUAUAUAAUUCAUGAAAGAAAUGGAAAUGUAAUGUGUUUAACUCUGGAUUGUCUGAGAAUAUACCAGCUGUCCCUGAAGGCUGCAUCUUCAUCUGUACUUGGUACCUAAACAGGUCAGCUGUUCUUAUUUUUACAUAAGCGUGUUUCUUUUUACACAUAUUGAAUGAAAAAAAACUUCAAUAAUAUAUAUGUACAAAAAUAUCUUUUUCUAUUGUGCAAUUAAAUUUCAAAAGUGGUUUUGAUUUGGUGGAUCCAGCAUGGACUCAAUAGGCCAAUGGCCACCUUCUAUGUGAUUCUAACUUCUGUAUAGAACAUCAGUCAGCAGAGCAGUGAGAUGGCAGCCCUGGCAGCAACUGAGGUGCUGUUGGAAUCAGGGCAUUAAUUAAGUUGUAGAAAUGAGUGGGAGAUUCAGAAAUUAUAUCAGUAGCUCCACAUAUCCCAGGAGGUUUCCAAUUUAUCUGAUCUCAGCUGAGUCAGUGCCAACAACUUCCCUUAGCAUGAGGAAGGAACAACAAGUCGCAAAUCUUGAUAAAUAGAACAUAAAGUCAGAGUUAAACAGUACAGAAACACACGAUUCGGUUCAACCCAUCCAUGCCGACCAGACAUCCUAAACUGAUAUAGUCCCAUUUGCCAUUAUUUGGACCAUAUCCGUCUAAACCCUUCCUAUCCAUAUACCCAUCCAGA